GCUGAGAUAUAAGAAAACUGCCAGAAACAUUGACCAAACCUUAGGCUUACCGAAGUCAACAGUUUGAAACGUGAUUAAGAAGAAAGAGAGCACUGGUGAGCUCAGAAAUCACAAAGAGCCUGGUAGGCCACCAAAGACCUGUAUCGAUGAAUUCUCACCAUAAUGAAGAAAAAACCCCAAAGAGCUGUCCGACAGAUUUGUAACACCGUUCAGGAGGCAGGCCUAACCAUCAGCAGUCGAUUGACAGUCUGCCAUUACAUGUGAAACUGACAGUGAUUGUUUAUUGUAACUCUUCAGUUUGCGUUUUAUGAAUAUAGGCGGUGUUUUCGUGCCACUGCUGGGUCUUGUUGGGUGUUGUGUCAAAGAAUCGGCGUUUGUCAGUGAAACAGGUCACAAGAACCCAAGAGAAGGUAGAGAACCUUUUUACCACAUCUAAUUCUUUUCAGUGUUUCUAUAGCAGAUGGGGUAUAUGGAACUUGUAAUUACACCUUGAACAUAAAGUUUCUCCUGCAGAACAGCAUUGCUCUUGCAUGUUUUGUUUUUUUUUUCAUCAGGGCAUCUGGUAUGGAUGGUCCACUCGCUGGUCACACAGUCCUGACUGAAUGGGUUCACGUGGAACUAGUCUUGCGUACCAGUUGGGUGUUGAGCUUGAAAAGAGGUUUUGGUGACAACCUUCUCUAAAAUGACAUAAUGUACGCACAACGGUUGAGCGGUCAAAGACAGUGGCCGAUAUGGCCGUCCAAUCAGCAAACAGUAACGCAAGACUCUUCUGUCCCUGAUUAGUGUACUCAUCUCAGCUGAUUUUACGGUCGCCAGCAGAUGUACAAACAUGUAGGACUGGGUGGUCCUGGCCGGUCAAAUGCAUAUUUAGCGCCCUGCUGCUGUUCACUGUGGUCGACUUCCUUCUGUUGCCACGUGCUUUUUUUUGUGGAUUUAGUCAAGUUCUCUUGGUAAAUGACCUUUUAUACCUUUGUAGUCCAGGGAAAUUCAGAACGUUAAAAAUGUCUGUCAUUGCGUUAACAUUCCAGGGUGAAAUUUAAACUGAAAUGGGGUGGCAGUGUGCCAUAAUGAUUUGGGAAUGACUCAAAAGGAUUGUGGAUGCUGCUGUUGUACCCUUGAGCAAGUUGCUUAACCUGAAUUGCUCCUGUAAAAUAUCUAGCUGUAUUAAAAAAGUACUCUAUGUAGGUUGCUCUGGGUAAGAGUGUCUGCUGUCCCUGAGCUAGGUGCAUGGUAGCUCAGACUCUGGCCAACGCUACUUAUUUGACGCAGUGGCAGCUGAUUUUAAUCACCUGACUUAACCUCUCGAGGUGGGCAGAUGUAAAUACAGGGUGAGUUGAACGACCAGCACCGGAUAAAGUAACCCUAGUUGGGAACCAGCUUGCCUAUUGGGUGGGGAUCCAGGGGGAGACACAUUAGUUUAAAGUCUGGCGCAUGCUUGUGGUUGAGGGGGUUGGGGCCUUGAAGCCCAUUCAGUAAAGUUCCUUCUGGACAGCUCCACGGAAAUACUGCCUGUUCCUGCCUGGGGUGAGGAAUCGCUGAAAACUGGGGGAGGUAACAUGCUCGGUCCUCUGCAUACCAACUCAGAUGCCCUGAGGAUAGUCCAAAGGGGCAGCUCCUGGGGGGAUAAUUAGCAUUCCUUCCAGCCAGUGUACACAAGGCUAAUGGUCCUUUCCUAACGCAUCCAAUCUUGUCCUGCAUGUUCAGGAAGUAAUAUACACAUUUAAUGUUAUCAUUUUUUUUUUUAAUACAAGUGACAUUUUUCUAUUAAAUCAUCUCUGUGUGAGCUGGGAAAACUUUAUUUUGAAAAGAUGAUCAUGUUUUCUUCUCUUCGCUUUUGCAGAGCUGAUGUUAAGAUCACUGCUUAUACUUUCUGCUCUACACUGUUCACUUCCUGCGAAUGUUCCACGAGUCACACCCUUCUGCUCUCUGAUUGGCUGAGUGGUUAAAAGAUCUUCACCAUCUGCCAAGACUCUGCAUGCCAGAGUCUACCUUUCACUUCAGUGCAAGAUGCAAGUCAAGACCCAGCGCCUGCGUCACUAUCUUGACCAGAAGAUGGCUGGAACCAGAGACCAGGGCAACUGUAGCGGGGGACUGCAGUGGGUGUGACGCAGAGAGACCUGGAUACACUUGCUUUCUGACAACCGCCAUUUUCUGUCCUUACCAGAAGAUAAAAACGGGAGGGAGAUUUUUUUUCUUAUUUUGUGGCGUACCCUUGCAUUCUGGGAACCUUCUACUUCCUGCCCUGUCUCUAAGAGCUUUAACGGGUAAAGGAGGAGGGCGGAUUAUCUUUUUUGGGGGGACAUUCGGGAACGUACGAGAUGCCCAUCCUGAAGCAGCUGGUGUCCGGAUCAUCCCAGUCCAAGCGGCGCUCGCGACUCGACCUCACCACCGAGAUGAUCAGCGCCCCGCUGGGCGACUUCCGCCACACCAUGCACGUGGGGCGGGGGGGCGACACCUUCGGGGACACCUCCUUCCUCAGCAGCCGCUCCGGGGAGCCCCCGCGGGUCGGGGAGGGAGCGCCCCGCUCCCCCAGGCCGAGCCUGCUCUCCCGAACCUUCCGCACCAGCAAGCGCUCCCAGUCGGUCACGCGAGUGGACCGAUGCGCCAACCCGCUGGCGCCGCUGGCCGGCUCGCCGACCCUCGUGAAGAACGCCUUCUCCCUGCCGCACCUCAACGACGAGGGCGGGGAGAGGGGGCGGGAGAGCCGGGGUCGGGGAGGGGUGCCCAAAAGUCUCUCCUCCAGCCCCGUGAUGGAGCUUCCCUCCGAAGCGGAUGGGACUAACGGGACCGCGGCCCUGGACCCGGAGCAGGCGGAGCGGAGCUUCGGGGAGCUGACGGACCUGCCCGCCUCCAUGGCACCCCGCUGCUGUGGGGCCAUGAGGCGCACCGAGUCCGUCAUGUCCUUCCACGUGGACCUGGGCCCCUCCAUGCUGGGGGACAUCCUGGAUGUGAUGGAGAAAGAGGACGACGGCCUCGGGGGAGAGGAGGAAGGGACGCCCCCGCCACUCGAUGCCCAGGACGAGGGAGACGAGGAGGAGGACAACAAGGAGGAGGAGAAGGAAGAGGAAGAGGAAGAGGGAGACUCACAGGAGCCCACAGUCCAGCCUCCCAUAACUGAGAACGUGGAGAACCCCAUCAAAGACCCCUGCACCCCAGAGACCCAGCCCACACACCCUGAGAACCACCAUCUGGACACCUGCUCCGUUUCCAGCUCAGCUUCCACACCCCUGGAGGAGAUACCACCCGAUCAGCCGCAAGGGGGAGAAACGGACUGCACCAAGUUCAGCCCAACACAGGGGGAGGAAGAGAGCUUCUCUUUCAUGGAGGAGGAGGAAGAUGAUGAAAUUAGAGUGUAAAAAAAAAAAAACAUAAACGACUAAGAUUGACAGAGCGUAUGAGAGAUACAGAGAAAGAGGGAGAAAGUAAGUGAUAAAGAGAAGAGAGAGACACUAGCGGGCCUACUGCUAGAUGAAUGUGCAGUUACCAGGAACGGCUGCUCCUUCUGGAGACGCAAGCGCACAGAGGUUUCUCUUACUGUUACCAUGGAGGCCUUGUGUCUGAAUUCUCACCCAGUCCUGUCUCUUCAGAGGCCUGCUACAUGUAGAAUUCAAGAAUUCCAGUAUAUCUCCAUUGAGGAGAGGCAUGUGUGACUGCAGACAGUAACCGCUAGAAUAACGACUCUUCAUUACAUUCACAUUGGUGCACUGAGAGCUGCGAUAAAUGGUUAUUACAUACACAUGGGCAUGGUGACAGCAAUCACAAAGACUCAAUACAUACAGAUGGGCAUAGUGACAGCAGCUAUAAAGACUGACAGCAUUCAUAAAGACUCCUUACAUGUACGCGGGUUCAGUACUGCUGUCUGUUCCGCACAGGAGAAGACGUUGCUGCUUCAAAACUGCGGUUCUGUUGGGUCUCUCUGCUCUGCCUACAGCUUCCAGUAUGGGCACCAGACCCAGAAUCAUUGUGGCAGUCACUUAAGAUUACGGAAAUGAAGGGCUCACGGCCGUAACUGCCUGUGACCGCGGCUGGCCCACUGCCGGAUCUGCGUGUGUGUCAGACAGCAGAGGAAGUGUGCCAGCGGUUUCAGAUAAACAGAAGCUGCCAGUCCAGCUGCUUCUUUUUAGUGUCUUUUUUUAAUGGUCAGACAGGAAGGUAUGCCUCUGUGUGCCAAAACCUCAUGAUGUUAUUGUGUGGUUAGAGUUACUUUCACACCAGCGUCCGUUCACCUUUUAUUUAACACUGAGGAUUUACUCCAGGUUCAGUGACACUGGGUUUUUCUGGCUGUCUGGGAACUGGGGCACCCCACAGUGGCCAGACGCGGAAGCGUAGAGCAGAAAUGUGGAACGGGCUGCGAUUGGGAAAGAGCGCCCCCUACUGGUGUGCAGAGCGAUGAGGUGCACAGCCCUGUCCUUUUCGCCAAUGUAUUCUCCUCUGUAAACAGCACGCCUUCUAUCAUUGAGUGGGGGGUGUGGAGAAGUGAGGCCCAUGGCCCCGCUGUGGGGGGAUUUGGGGGGGGGGCGAGGGGGGCGGGGGCGCAGGGCCCUGCUGAGAAAGCGGAAAGAUGGUGGUGUGCGUGAAAGAAAGACGUACGUACGCUGCUGUUUCAAGCGGCAUUGUUCCACUCUGAUGCACAAAGACACUAAAAUGCUAGUAUCUUUGAAGCUGUGUCGGACUUUCCGUUAAAACAAAAUGUUAAAGAAGGGCUUUUCAAACUCGGUCUCGGGACCCAUGGUUUUUAUGCUGGUUUUACAGACCCAGACCAGGAAUGCCUUACCUGGGUCCUGGGAAGCUGCAGGGUCUGCUCAGUUUUGUUUAUUUCACCUUAAAUUGAGCAACCGCUUUAGACCCAGGAAGCCAGGUGAGGUAGCUGUGUAAUCAGUUACUUUUUAAUCGAUCAAUUAAGUGCCGAGUGUCAACAGAAAACCAGCAGACCCUCUGCGGGACCUGGGUUGGUUACCUCUGCCCAAGGCAUCUGUUUGUAUUGCCCAUGCCUAAAACUGGCCCUGUGUAUCCAUUUUGGUCUGUGGAUAAGGCAUUUUUUUUCCUUGUGCAUCAGAGUAGACUAAUGCAUAAAUGCUUAAAGACCUGUGCACAGAAGUGAGUGUGUCUCUCUGUACGACUUAUGUGAACUGUGGUACCCACCUUCUGUUAUGUCCAUUUCUAACAGACAAUAAUUCUGUAACAAUAAAGAUGGUUUUUAUUUGGAA